GGCGGCCCCCGGAGCCCUCCCUCCCCCCCCCGCCCCCCGGCCCCAUGGAGAACUUCCAGAAGGUGGAGAAGAUCGGGGAGGGCACCUACGGGGUCGUCUACAAGGCCAAGAACAAGCUGACGGGGGAGGUGGUGGCGCUGAAGAAGAUCCGGCUGGACACCGAGACCGAGGGGGUCCCCAGCACUGCCAUCCGAGAGAUCUCCCUGCUCAAGGAGCUCAGUCACCCCAACAUCGUCAAGUUGCUGGACGUCAUCCACACGGAAAACAAGCUCUACCUGGUUUUCGAGUUCUUACACCAGGACCUGAAGAAGUUCAUGGAUGCGUCCACGCUGACCGGCAUCCCCCUGCCUCUCAUCAAGAGCUACCUGUUCCAGCUCCUGCAGGGCCUGGCCUUCUGCCAUUCCCACCGCGUCCUGCACCGGGACCUGAAGCCCCAGAACCUGCUCAUCAACGCCGAGGGUGCCAUCAAGCUGGCCGACUUUGGGCUGGCCCGGGCUUUCGGGGUGCCCGUGCGCACCUACACCCACGAGGUGGUGACGCUGUGGUACCGGGCUCCGGAGAUCCUCCUGGGCUGUAAAUACUACUCCACCGCCGUGGACAUCUGGAGCCUGGGCUGUAUCUUCGCGGAGAUGGUGACCCGGCGAGCGCUGUUCCCCGGGGACUCGGAGAUCGACCAGCUGUUCCGGAUAUUCCGGACGCUGGGCACCCCCGACGAGGCGGUCUGGCCCGGCGUCACCUCCAUGCCCGACUACAAGCCCAGCUUCCCCAAGUGGGCACGCCAGGACUUCGGCAAGGUGGUGCCCCCUCUGGACCAGGCCGGCCGGGACCUCCUGGCGCAAAUGCUCUACUACGACCCCAACAAGCGGAUCUCGGCCAAGGCCGCCCUGACGCACUCCUUCUUCCAGGACGUCUCCAAGCCCGUCCCCCACCUGCGUCUCUGAGCCCCUCCCCGGGGGCCGGGCCCCGCCUCUCUGUGCCCCCUCACCCCCGCUUCCCUGCAGCCCCCGACCCCCGGGCUGCUGGUGCCUUUUCCAGGCCGGCCUCUCUGUCCUCCCCCAGCCCCCUCCCCAGCCCCAGCCCCAGCCCCAGCUCGGGGAGGACUGGGCUGCAGUUGCUUUCCCCAGGCCGGACCGUCCAUCUUGCCUUGUCGGCCCCGUCGGCCCCCUUGGUGUCGCAGGGCCGGGUCGUGUCCCCCCACCCGCGGCCUGGCCGGCCCCCAUUCCCGCCGCUGGGGACGGCGGAGUGGAGGGCAGGGGGAGGGGAAGGAAGUCCAAAUCUCAGUGCACUUAGCGCCCCCCGCUCCCCACCCCCACAUGGGUCAGGCCUCUGGAAAACAGGCCUCCCAGAGGCUUCCUGACCCCUUUUAAGGUUUCAAGUGUUUUAAAAAGAACAGAGCCAUCUCCCCCCUAAAGUCCCCAUCUCCCCCGGGGCCGGUCGGGCCGGGGGCCGGGGGCUCACUGGACGGGGGCCCCAACCUUGAAUUCAAGGAGCACAACCGGAGGCGGGAAGGAGGGGCCCGAAUCCCUGUCCCGGGGCCAACCCCUCCCACUCCCAAAUCACCCCAACCUCGGGAGGCCGGGGCAGGGAUUCUGUCCCUAGUGAGAACGGGCUCCUUUCUGUACUCCCCGCCGCUGCCCAGAAGCCCCCAGAACCCCAACACGAGGCCUGGGAGGCCGGGAAACUGACAGGGCUUGGGCGGGGGGAAGGGAAAAGGGGGAACGACGGCGGUCUCGUAACCGUCCAGAGCGUAGCAGGGGCAGAGCUGAGGCCAAAGGGGUUUUUUGGGAAGACUGGGGAGGGAAAAGAUGUUUUUUCUCUGAGCAGAAGGAUUAGCAAUACUAUUUAUAUUUCAGGUUGGAUGUGCACCUUGGGGUUUUGUAAGGGAAAAUGUUUAAAAAAGAAUAUUUGUGCCUUCCUGUGCCCCCAUCCCCCCACCCCACCCCUGUUCCGUCUUGUGUGGUAAUUUAGUUUGUAAUUUCAUUAAAAAAAGAGUUCCUAGUUUUACAGCC